AUGGCGUCGAAAUUGCCCGAGGAUCAUUCGGCACCUUCCGAACAAUCCGUAACUCCCAAAGAUGUUCUACUUUUCAUUCCCAAUUUGAUUGGUUAUACCCGAAUACUAACGGCUGUUCUCUCGUUUGUGUGUAUGAAACGCCACCCGGUGGCCAUGCUUUCACUCUAUGGAAUCUCUGGAUUUUUGGAUGCAUUUGAUGGAUGGGCUGCGAGGAAAUUUGACCAGGGAACCCGGUUUGGAGCCGUUUUGGAUAUGGUAACUGAUAGAUGUGCCACUACAUCGUUAAUAUGCUACUUGUGUGUGUUGUACCCGCAAUAUUUUCUUGUUUGGCAGCUAUUGGUGUCGCUUGAUUUGACGUCUCAUUACAUGCACAUGUAUGCCAUGACAACCUCGGGUUCUGCCUCGCACAAAAAUGUCGAUGCCAAGCAGUCCAAGAUCUUAAAUUUGUACUACACAAACCGAAAGGUUUUGUUUGGGGUGUGUCUCGUCAACGAAUUGUUCUACGUGGCAGUCUAUUUGCAUUCGUUUAAUUUUUUCUGGCUCGGAACCGUGUUGGUUUUUGUCAGUGCUCCCGUGUGGUUUUUCAAGCAGGUUGCCAACGUGAUCCAGCUUCGGGCUGCCGCACUCAUCAUGAUCAAGUUGGAUGCUGCUGACAAGUCGAAGCGCAAGGCAGAGUAA